UUGAGGUGCGAUGAGCACACAAUUGUAGUGCUGCGUACUUGAUGAAAGUUUAUUAGACAUAGAUGAUACUUUUUAGAAAUUAAAGUGUUAAUUUUUUCCUAUUAAACAUGGCGCCGAAUUUCAGUAAAAUCACAAGUAGGACCGAUGUUAAAAUCGCUCUCGCAGCCUCCGCUGCAAUCGGAGCUUGGGCGAUUAAAAACUCGCUCCAAUCAAGUCAAAGUAAACGAAUUAGACCAGGUCGUUUAUCGCCCGAAGAGCAGAUUCAGUACAUGAUAAAGGAAAGGCAUAAAAGGUCGCCUAAAGCACAAGUGGAUGCCAGGUUUUUUGCUGAACUGAAGGCAUUAUGGAAGGUUAUGGUGCCAGGGAUUUGGUCGAAGGAAAGUGGCUUCAUGGCACUCAUUGCUUUAUCUCUGAUAGCAAGGUCCAUGUGCGAUCUGUGGCUGAUUCAGCACACUACUCUAAUAGAGGGGUCAAUUAUCACAAUGAACAAACGGGAGUUCAAAACAAGAUUGUUCCAGUUCUUUGCUGCAAUGCCCCUAAUUUCAUUAGUCAACAAUGUAUUGAAAUGGAGUAUAGGAGAAUGUAAAUUAAGAAUCCGGACAAACCUUUCACUAUAUCUGUACCAGCAAUACAUGAAAGGUUUCACAUACUACCAAGUCACGAACCUGGACAACCGGAUAUCGAACGCUGACCAGCUUCUCACCACGGACAUUGAUAAGUUCUGCGAGACAGUUGUAGACCUGUACAGCAACAUUAGCAAGCCGAUAUUGGACAUUGGCAUCUAUCUGUACAGGCUCACUGUUAAUCUGGGCGUCAGUACUCCUGGAAUAAUGAUGGCGUACCUGCUAGUGUCGGGAGUUUUCCUGACAUACCUCAGAAAGCCUACAGCUCGUCUUACCGUUCAAGAGCAGAAACUGGAAGGCGAAUUUAGAUACGUAAACUCCAGGCUUAUAACAAAUUCGGAAGAAAUCGCUUUCUAUCAGGGUAAUCACCGCGAACAACUGACAGUUCUAGCGAGUUUCUACAAGUUGACGCGACAUCUGCGGAACUUCCUCAAUUUCCGCGUCGCUAUGGGCUUCAUAGACAACAUUAUUGCCAAGUAUAUCGCGAUCACGGUCGGAUUCUACGCGGUGUCGCGGCCUUUCUUUGUCACGGACCAUAACCUGCUCACUACUGGAACGGAAAACGACAGGUUUAAGCACUACUACACGUACGGACGCAUGCUUGUAAAGAUGGCCGAAGCUAUCGGCCGCCUUGUUCUUUCUGGAAGGGAGCUCAGCAAACUGGCCGGUCUUACGUCGAGAGUGACCCAGUUGAGAACUGUUUUGUCUGAUGUGAACCAGGGGAAAUACACCAGGACUAUGGUGGGGCAGGUGGAGAACGGCAACGGUGUAAUGCCAAUGCUGAUGGCACCGGGCGCGGGCCGCAUCAUCUACCAGGACAAGAUCAUCCGCUUCGACCGCGUGCCGCUCGUCACGCCCAACGGCGACGUGCUCAUCAAGGAACUCUCCUUCGAAGUCAAAUCCGGAAUAAACGUGCUGGUAUGCGGACCCAACGGCUGCGGCAAAUCGUCCAUGUUCCGUAUGCUGGGUGAACUUUGGCCCAUCUUCGGAGGCACCCUUACAAAGCCGCCCAAGGGCAAGCUUUUCUACGUACCUCAGAGGCCUUACAUGACCCUCGGGACUCUUAGAGACCAGGUGAUCUACCCUCAAACGCGCGAGGAGAUGGUCCGUCGUGGACGCACGGACGCACAGUUGAACAGGUUCCUGGAGAUCGUGCAGCUGGCGUACCUGACGAGCCGCGAGGGCGGCUGGGAUGCCGUGGAGGACUGGAUGGACGUGCUCUCCGGCGGAGAGAAGCAGCGGAUAGCCAUGGCCCGCCUGUUCUACCACGAGCCGCAAUUCGCCAUCUUGGAUGAGUGCACCAGCGCCGUGUCUGUAGAUGUUGAGGGCCAAAUGUACCAGUACUGCAGAGAGAUGGGCAUAUCUCUGUUCACGGUAUCUCACCGUAAAUCUCUAUGGAAGCACCACGACCACUACCUGCAGAUGGACGGUCGCGGCGGCUACGUCUUCGAGGAAAUCGACGGAGACACGCAGGAAUUCGGAUCGUGAACUUUAUUGUAAAACGAUUCCAAAUGGCUUGGCAGUGAAAUGGUGCUGUAGCUCCGAAUGACAAGUUUUAACCUCGUUGACCUAGGCCAAUUUUUCCGGUUUUGAAUUUGGAAUAUUCUUUUUGGAAUUCUAAAAUAAUAUUGGUAUGUACGUACUCGUAAAGGUAUGCCAGGACUUACGAGGACUAUAAGACUAUUUGAGUUCGCAAAAUCGUUGAGAUGUUGCCUUUUCAAAAUUACGUGUAAACUAAUUUUUAAUAAAUUAUUGUUUUGGAUGUAAGAUUAUGAUUAAAUGUGUUUUACUGUCUUAUAUGGAAGUAAAUAACUGUUAGUGAUUAUUGUCACAUCUCGUUUGUAUACAUACAGCUUUGAGUGUUAUUUGUUUAACUCUUCGUUCGUAUCCAUUUAAGCCUUAAGGUAAGGGAUAGUUUGAUUUUAUGUGAGUUGAUUGUUAAUGUGUUCUCGUGCUAUAGCACUAUUUCACACCGACUUUUGCAAGUUCAAAGCUAUUUUAUAAUAGGGACCAUAGUGAAUGUUCAUGAUAUAUUAUACAAUCAAUGUUGCCAACGUUAUAAAAUAAACUCUAAUAACGCAAAUUAAAUGCUUGUAAAUAUAAAUUUAAUAAUGAUUUUAGAUAAUUUGAUGAUAUGAUAAUAUUGUGCAAUAUAAAAUGAAAUAUUUUUCAUUACAUUUCUGAAAAGUUUCAUCAUGUUUAUUCCUUUACAUAUAAGGUUAGAUGUCCUAAAUCUGGUAGUAAAAUAUAACUCAAUAUGUAAAUUGCCAGUUACUGACCAGUGUCCAAUAAGUUGCCACUCUAUACUAAAAAUGAAUUUUCUUUACCUAUACCUAUAACAGAGUUCAUUUUUACAUAAAAUUUCUAUUACUUACUUGGCAGGCUUACACUGGUCAGUUUACCUAUCUCUUUUAUAUUAAUAGUACAUUACAUCAGAGGCCGGGAAAAUGAGGAUUUCCGGCCAAGUGGGUAUAUACGGCCGAGCGAGCGUGCGAGCGAGGCCGGAUAGGGAUACGAGGCCGGGAAUCCGUUUUUACGCCG